GUCAAGUUCAGUAACCUAGAUGCAUUACCAUAAUUUUGCUUUCAUUUGUUUUGAUGCCCUAUUUUUUUAAUUCCGUUUUACAGACGAAUCCGCACCACUCGUUGGUGCGUGAAGAAGUUCUAAUCUUAGGAGGAAGCAUACGAGCGUCAAAUGUUGAUGAGGAGAAAACCACAGCACCACCAAAUAGUUGUAACGGCGUAAUGCCACAUAAGUGGCAUCCUGUCCAACAAGCUUCUAUGAGUUCAAGUAGUGGAGCUGAGACGCAGAUAGCCACGCGAAAACGCUUAACAUGCUUUGUUUCCAAAAGGAGAAUGAACCUCGGCAACGUUCAUCACCAACGACGCCAGACCGAGAAACCUCAAGAUGCUGAAAGCUACAUUAAAAAAUGAUAAUCUAGUUCGGAUGACUGUUGUCUGUCAAUUUCGCCCUUCUGUGUAUUCGCGGGAAUCCGAUACCUUCGAAUGUGGUCAUCACCCCGGAUUAUUUGUCACUUUCGAAAGGAAGGAGGCCUAUGGAGAAACAUAUAUGUGCUGUGUACGCAGAUGGGACCUACUGAGAUUAACGGAGGACUACUCAUCUGAGCUACCUGUACAUCUGAAAUCUAAUUUUUGUUUAAUAAACAAUUUUUCAAUGAA